ACUCACCGAUACUUUCCGAUACAUACCGAAACGUAUAUUUCACUUUGAUUUUAUAUUUUCUAUAAAGUAUCAGUAAGUAUCGAUAGCGUAUUGGUGCAUAUUGGUAUGUAUCGUAGGAUAUAUAUCGAUACGAAAGGAUUUUAAAAAUUCCAUGUAUUGUAUCGGUGUAUAUCGUAUCGGUCGACUAAAUUUAAGAUGCAUAUCGGAGGGUAUCGUAUCAGUAUCGGAGAUACUUUAAACCAUGCUUGUGAGUUCUUGGAUUUCUCUGAUUUACCUAUCUUUUCAAUUUAAGGUAAUUAUUAUUCUGUCCAGAUUAUUAGCUUGUUAUUCUGGGGAUAGUUACCCACUAUUAGGACUGGUUUUAUUGAUGUUUUAAGUCCUACAUAUUGUCUCGUCAUUGAAUUUUUGUUCUCUAUUUGUUUGCUGGUUUUAAGACCCUAUUAUGUCCUAGCCGAUUGGUAUUGUUCUGAUUUUUUAUUAUUGUUUGGGGAUUAGUUUUACACUGAUAUCAGUGCCUAUUGGAGAGACGUUGGGGGUUGGGUAUUCAUACUCAUCCUUACAUUACCAAGUCCUCAACAUAGAAUGGCAAGCCCAUGGUGAAGAUGUCAACUUUAACACCCAUAGUGAAGAUGGCAUGUUAUGUAAAUAUUGGUUUCUAACAAAAAUAAUUCUGUUAAGUGCAAACCAUACAGGUUUCUGUUUCUUCCAGGGUACAAAAUCAAAUUUUUUUUGGGUUACCAUACAACAUUUAAGACACAGAAUCACUCCAAAAAAAUAGAAAUGCAAAAAAGUGCGUCACAUCUAGAGUCAUGUUUAGAAAACAGAAUCGUUACAGUAUAGAGCCAAAAAUAGCAAAGUCAGUCAUAGUUGGCCAACUCUGUUAUGUUCAUGUACCUAAAUGUGGUUACAUGAUUUUAAUGGGGAUGGUUAUUCUAAAAAAGUUGCUCCCAUAUUAAUGUAUGCCAUUUAGGCUCGAAUUCAUAUUCAGGGAAAUUUCAGUCACUGCCUACAUUAAUAUUCACAUCCUCAUAGCAGUCUAAGAUUAUGUCCAUUUGAGGUUUAGGGUUACAUAGUGAUAAGAAACUAAACUCCAAUUGGGUCUAAAAAAUAUGGCAGUGGCUUGAGAUGGUAUACUAACACCAAAUGCAUCAGGUAGGAUGAACUGUCAUUAGUCAGAAGCUCUGAAAAGGAUUGGGACAUGGAUCACCGAAAAAAAAAAAAAUAUGCUUUAACAGAUGAUAAUGCCAUGGGCACAAUGGAAUGGCAGAGGGUUUCAUGUAGGCAACACAAGAUGGUUAUGACCAUGCUUAAAUGUUACUGGCUGCUGGCAGCUGCCAAUUCUAAUGAUCUUUUUUUUUUUUUUGAUAGGUUCUAAUGAUCAUAUUGGUUUAACAGAUAACAACAAUUAUGUCAGCUGUUAGCCUUCUGCAAGUAUCAUCCUGAGAUUUAAAGCACUCAAUGAGUAGGAAUUACAAAAAAAGAGCCAUCCAACCUUCAAAAACGGAAAAAUUAAUAAACAAAUCUAACACUCCUUAAGCCACAAUUAGGGCCCCCUAAUGCAGUACUGAUUUACAGAAGUAAAAAAAUACGAAGACAAGAUCAAAAACAGUAGCUAACACGGAAUUAAUAAACAGCAAUCAGAGGGAGGAUAUUAUGGUAAUUUCCAGCCCAAAUUAGGUUCAGAAUGUCAAAUAGUCCCAAUCGAUCUCUGAAAACAGAACUGAUAUCUAGACACAUAGCAGGAAACAAAACAGUAGUAUUCAGAGGACAGAAAUAGUAGUAGUUGAUUCGGGUUCUAAGAAGGGAAGUGUAAAAUUGGUAUUUUGCAAAUAUGUCAAGAUCCAGCUGUCAGAAAGAGUCCAAAAUUUUCCAAAUUAGGAUUCUGGACAGAAACUGGAACGAGAGAACGAAAGAUGAUAGAAGGAGGAGGAAUGAUGUCCGUAUAGCGUUCCCCACGCCCACACACAACCCUUGUGUUCAGGGGGCAGGGGCGUCUUUUCAAAACCCCUGAAAACAGGGGCUGUGGGAACGCUUGACGGACAGCGUUCUUUCUCCUAAAAUAAAAAUAAAUAAUUCUUCUAGGAUUGGUAUGCAAUUAAUGAGUUUUCAAAGCUCAGAGUUACCAAAAUCAAUCCCCAAAAUUCCUCAUCAAACCCCAAAGCCAGAGAUACUAAAAUCAGCACUUCAUACGGUAGAAAGAGUCAUAAUGCUUGAAAUUGUUCGGCCACUACCAUCAUCAAUUCAGCACAAAACUUCAGUGUAGACGAUCGUUAGCAACUGCUAGUCUCACCUCUACUGUAAGUCUUCUUUUCCUAGAUUUAUACAAAAUAAAGUAAGACAAUACAAGUUAUUCUAGUGUAUAUUGCAGGGAAAGUGCAGCAUUCUGUCCUCAAAUUUCAACUCUUUUCGUCUCCGGCACCGGUAAGGGUUCCUUCCGUUCCUUUUCUUCUCUUUUGGUUGAUUCCCCCCUUUUUUUUCUCGUUCUUGUACACUUUGGUCACAAGUCGUUUUAGGUGUGGGGUUAUGUAUUUGAUAAAGUAAGAUAGUAUUGAAGAGUUUGUUGAAGUCUUGAAUCAUUGAAGUGGCGAUUGGUCCAACAAACAGGGUUUGGUGUAAGAACUUGUUUGAAGAAGCCCAAUUGUUGAGGAAGCCGGGCAAGCUGACAAGCAUAAGAAAUUUUAAUAAUUACUACUAAGACAUAAGUUAUACUUAAAUUUUGUGAGAUCAUUUUAGGGACUUGAAGAGAACCACCUUCAGAUCCAAGCAGUGCCACCUUAUUUUCAGGACUUUUUCCCAAUGUUUUCUGCUAUCUCAAUAUGUUAAUCGCAUUUUUCUUCAUGGUUGGAGAAGAGGUUUAUUCCCGUGGCUUGAAGGGGAAACCAAAAUACUGUUUUUGCUGAACAAGUUUUCUUUCUAUUUCUUUCGUUUUGCUGUUUUUUUUGUUAAUAUUAUUAUUCUUGUGUAUUCUAUUACUGCUAUUGUUUUGUUCUUCAUCUGGACGCUUACAUAAGAUCAGAUAGUUGGUUCUCCUUAAAUCCUUUCUGGGUCUGAUUGGUCUGCUUUUUUAUCUAUUCAUAUUUGUCUCUUGAACUGUUCUGAAGUUGCUCUUUUUUAUCGCUUUAUCUCCUGAUGGAAAACACAGUAUCCAAUUAACUUUUUUUUUUUUUCAGUUUUUGUGAUGUCUUCAUAAGAUGUGCAAACACAGUUCUUUAGUCAUCAGAGUAGCCUCCUGCUGGUGGUUUCCCAAGAAAUUAUUAGCAUUAGGUAUCAUUUUAAGUUCCAGAAAAACUGAAUAGAAUUCUGUUUCAUCAAUUGCACACCCUAAGGUAGAAAAGAAGUUAAUACCCUCACUGUUAUCUGAAUCUCAAGUAAAAUCUGAUCUUCCUCCUAAAGCCUCAAGUUAAUUGGGUCAGAUUUGUAAGAGUUAGAGCAAGUUUUCUUCAUACUCUGUUUUCCAUCAAGGUUAGAAUUGAGUUUCUAUUUGCCAAAAAAAAAAUAAUAAUAAUAAUACAAUAGUACCAAAAACUAUCUACCAAAGUACAGACAGCUUGAAUAGUUUUCAUCGAAAUAGUUUCGGAAGCCCUUGUUUCAAUAUUAUUUUUUCUAACCUCUAUACUCUUAGAAAUUUCUCUGGUGGGGUUAUCUUUAUGUUGGCAAUUGUGACUAGAGAACCACCCUCUGGAUCACUGAAGAUAAAGCCAUGGGCACAAUGGAAUGCCAGCAGCGGGUUUCAUGUAGGCAACCCAAGAUGUUUAUGACCAUGCUUAAAUGUUACUAGCUGCUGGCUGCUGCCAAUUCUGAUGAUCAUAUUGGUUUAACAAAUAUCAACAAUUGUUUCAGCUGUUAAGACUUCUACAAGUAUCAUCCUGAGAUUUGAAGCACUCAAUGAGUAGGAAUUACAUAAUAAGAGCACUCCAACAUGCAAAAGUGGAAAAAUAAAUAAACAAAUCUAACACUCCUUUAGCCACAAUUAGGGCCCCCUAAUGUAGUACUGAUUUACAGUAGUAAAACAAUACCAAGACAGGAUAAAAAACGUAGCUAACACAGGGAAUUAAUAUACAGAAAUCAGAGGGAGUAUAUUUUGGUUAUUUCCAGCCCAAAAUAGGUUCAGAAAUUUUUUCAAAUAGUCCCAAUCGAUCUCUGAAAACAGAACUGAGAUCUAGACACAAAACAGUAGUAUUCAGAGGACAGAAACAGUAGUAGUCAAUUCAGGUUCUGAGAAGGGAAGUGUAAAAUUGGUAUUUUGCAAAUAUGUCAAGAUCCAGCUGUCAGAAAGAGUCCAAAUCUUUCCAAUUUAGGAUUCUUGAAGGUCUGGUGAAAUUUUGAAUGCGAUCAGAUGGCUGAAUUACUUAAUCCGGAAAAAUCUUGGAUCCAACUUUCUAGAAGAUCUGAACAAAUCAUAGGAUUACUUGAAGAACAGUACUUACUUGACAGAAGCUGGAACAAGAGAACGAAAGAUAAUAAAAGGAGGAGGAAUGAUGUUCGUCUAGCUUUCCCCACACCCACACACAGCCCUUGUUUUCAGGGGGGGCAAGGGCGUCUUUUUACAACCCCUGAGAACAGGGGCUGUGGGAAUGCUAGAUGGACAUUGUCUUUUCACAAGUACUUGAAGAACAGUACUUGACACAAGCUGGAACAAGAGAACGAAAGAUGAUAAAAGGAGGAGGAAUGAUGUCUGUCUAGCGUUCCCCAUGCCCACACAUAGCCAGUGUUUUCAGGGGGGCGGGGGCGUCUUUUCACAACCCCUGAAAACAGGGGCUGUGGGAAUGCUAGACGGACAGCGUGUUUUCUGCCAAAAUAAAACCUCUGAAAACAAGGGCUGAUAUGCAAUUAAUGAGUUUUCGAAGCUCAGAGUUACCAAAAUCAAUCCCCAAAAUUCCUCAUCAAACCCCAAAGCCAGAGAUACCAAAAUCAGCACUUCACACGGUAGAAAGCAUCAUAAUGCUCGAAAUCGUUUGGCCACUGCCGUCAUCGAUUCAGCACAAAACUUCAGUGUAAACGAUCUUUAGGAACUGCUAGUCUAACUUCUACUAAAAAGUGCAGCAUUCUGUCCCCAAAUUUCAACUCUUUUCGUCUCCGGCACUGGUUGAGAGUAAGAACUUGUUUGAAGAUGGCAAAUUGUUGAGGAAGCAGGGCAAGCCGACAAGCAUAAGAAAGUGGAGGAGAGAGACGGGAUCAUGUUCUGUCUGUUGAAACCCUAGAUAUUGGAAUCAGGAGGUAGCAAAGAUCUCCAAAAGUCUGUAAAUAUUUUUUAUUCAUUAAACUUGGGAAUCUUGCUAACGGAGGUAAGCUUCAUUUAUUUUUUGCUUUUACUGAUCCGAUUCUGAUCCCAAUUCCAAUUCCUUAAACCAUUAUGAUUGGCUCCAUAUUCAGAUUUUGGGUUCCAAUAUGAUUGUUGCCUUGUUGGCGUCAUGUGAGAAAAGAGAAAGCUUUAAGUUUCAUGCUUUAUGGAAGGUUUUAAGUCUCAUGCUUUAGGGAUCUGAGAUACUUUUAGCCAUUUUCUUGUAGCUUAUGUGUCUUAUUGUUCCUGUUUGCCAAUAUAAGCAUUUUUAUUAUAACUUGCAAUAGCUGUUUUGUUGCUAGGAGCAGGAGCUCUCCUUGGUUUGUUAUAGUCUUCUAUCAUAUCAGAAAUCUGUUUUCAAUAACAAAGUAUUUACCAAACCGUUACCCAUUGCAGGAUGGAAAUGGCUUCUUUUUCAACUCUAGACAUCUUGAGUGAUCUACCAGAAAAUAUACUAGAAAGCAUCUUUUCUCAUUUAUCAAUGAGAGACGUGGUGAGAACCAGUGUCCUAUCAACCAAGUGGAGAUACAAAUGCAUUUCAGUUCCACAUCUCAUAUUCGAUGAUGAUUGUAUACCCGUUUCUGUUGGUUCACUUCGUCAUGAUAAACUUGUGCAAAUUGUUAAUCGUGUUCUCCUACUUCAUAGAGGUCCAGUUCUAACAUUUCAGAUCUCUAGUUCACAGUUAAAAACCUGUCCAGAUAUAGACAGCUGGAUUCUUUACCUCACAUUAUAUUCUGUCAAUUCUAUCAAAGAUUUUAAACUUCUGAUUUCUGAACCCGAGUAUCAUAAUGUUCAUCCUUGUUUAUUCUCCUUUAAAAAACUGACUCAACUGAUACUGGCUGGUUGCAUAAUUGUACUUCCUGUGAUGUUCAAAGGCUUUAGUUGUCUCACAACUCUGGCUUUUAAACAUGUUACACUCUCUAAUGCGGCUUUCGAAUGUUUGGUUUCUACCUGCCCUCAACUAGAGAGGUUGGCAUUGAUUGAUAUCGAUGGUCCUACUCGUAUUGAACUUAGCAAUCCAAAACUCAAGUACUUGUGGAUCUAUGGAAAAUUCAUUCCUAUAUACCUCAAAGAGUUGAGGUUUUUAGUUUUUGGAAGCUUUUUUGCAACAACGGUGGCUCAUCCUGACCAACGAAGAACUUACAGUUUUAGCAACAUUCUUGGCUCUCUACCGAGUGUUCAAAAUCUUGCCAUGGGAGGCUUGUAUCUACAGUCUUUAGCCAUUGGUGAUAUGCCUAGGAGGCUUCCUUCUACUUAUGAUCAUUUGAAGAGCAUCUACUUUGCACUGAACGUAGAGGAUAUGAAAGAUAUUUUAGUUGCUAUUUGGUUACUUAAAAGCUCCCCUAAUUUGCAAAAGCUUGAAAUCCAUCUCUGGUGUUCUAAGAGAGACGCCAUUGUUCCUAUCAUGGAUCAACAAAAAGCGAAGGAACAGUUGGAGUGCACAUUCAACAAACUUCGGGUUGUGAAUAUCUUUAGACUCCUUGGCAUGAAAAUGGAAUUGGAAUUCAUUAAAUUUAUCCUUGCCAAUUCGCCAGUGCUUGAAACAAUGAACAUCAUUCUUGCAAUGAAUGGCAUUGACAAAGGAUUGUUGUUGAAAGAGUUGCUUCGAUUGAAAAGAGCUUCACCCCAAGCAGAAAUUUGUGUACUUGAACCCUAAGAUUUAGAAGUGAUCCUAGUUGAUGAGCACUACAUCUUCAUUCAACCCCCCCCCCUCUCUUUGCCCUUUUGUUCUUGUUAAAUGUAUCUUUGCGGUAGCUGUGUCAUAGGCCAAAUGCUUACAUGUUAAAGAGCAUUCUUGUUGGCUACUGAAACUAGUGAUCAAGACUGGAUUUUCUUUGUUCUAUGGGAUCUUAAUGAUUUGGGGAUGACAGCAUUCAUGUUGCUUAUUGAAACUAGUAAUCAUGGCUUG